AUGUUUUCGAAGUAUUUGCAUCGCUCCACUGCGAGCACAAAUCCAGAUGGAUUGAAUGUGUGGAGCCUGCCAACCUUACAUCGCGCAGCUUAUAAGAACAAGAUCGAUAAAUUGAUCCGUCUUUUAAACAAAAGGCAAAAUGGUAUCGAUAAGAAAGACAAUGUAGGACGAACUGCAUUACACUAUGGCUGCCUCGCAGGCAGUGUCCAAGUAGUGCAGCUCAUCUUGGACAGAAAUGGAAAAAUCAUCGCUGACAAUGUAGGCCAGAGUCCUGUCUUUAUGGCAAUCGGAAACGGACAUCUGGAAAUUGUCAAGAUAUUUUAUGGAAUCAAGUUUGAUUUCAACAAAGCUGAUAACAAUGGAACGACACCCCUGCAUCUCGCCAUAUUUAAGAAGAAUGUGACGAUUGUUGAGUUCCUGGUGAAGCAAGUGAAUGUCAAUGUUGAUGCAUCUGAUAUGCAAUUGACCACCCCAUUGCACCAGGCAAUUCGAUCUGAUAUACCCAUGGUGGUGUUACUGCUUGUGGAAAAAGGUGCCAAAACAGAGAUCAGAGACAAAAUUGGAAAAACGCCAUUGAUGAUGGCUUGUGUGAAAGGACAAGAGCAAUGUGUCGAGAUUCUUCUGAAAAAUAAAGCCAACAUAUACCGUAAAGGUAACAGCAGUGUUGUGGAGCAGAUUGCCACCCAAUUCGGACAUCAUAGAAUCUAUACCAUGGUCAAGAAAUUCAGGCUGGCCUCAGACCGAAAAGUUCGACAAAAAUCUACAGAGGUUCAAAUUGAAAGUCACUCAGAGGCUCAAAAAAACAGUAAAGGGAGCGGUUCAAUUCCUGAUAAGCCACUUGAUUCUGGCUUGGGAAUGCUUUCAUCGAGUGGACAAAUGACCCGAAGUAACCAGCUUUGCAAUGCAGCAAGCAUUGAAGCCCCCGAAUUUGUCAAAAUGCAAUUCUCAGCUGACACCCCAUCGUCAGUGAAAAUUGAGACCGCUAUCUCAGAACAUCAACAAAACGAUCAUCAUGUAGAAGUGGCCGUAGCCAUUGAUAUCAAACCAUACGUAGAAGACCGCGCAGCCACCGCUGAAUUCGAAUCCCCAUCACCAGAUCAGCCACUGGCUCAGUUUGACAAGGAUACACCAGAACUUGGUUCCAAUGACAUCGCAGUCACCUUUGAUGAAGUUCCUACUGAAUCCCCAUCUUCAGUGGAAUCGGAGACCGCCGUCUCCCAGCAUCAACAAGAGAUCCUUUCUGCAGAAGUGACAUCUUCAUUGGCAAAUGACAUCACACCAGACGCAGAUGAGCCAACAGCCACCGCUGAAUUCGAAUUCCAAUCAUCAGUUCAGCCACUGGCUCAGUUUGACAAGGAAACACCAGAAAUUGGUUCCAAUGACAUCGCAGUCACCUUUGAUGAAGAUCCUACUGAAUCCCCAUCUUCAGUGGAAUCGGUGACCGCCGUCUCCCAGCAUCAACAAGAGAUCCUUUCUGCAGAAGUGACAUCUUCAUUGGCAAAUGACAUCACACCAGACGCAGAUGAGCCAACAGCCACCGCUGAAUUCGAAUCCCCAUCACCAGAUCAGCCACUGGCUCAGUUUGACAAGGAUACACCAGAACUUGGUUCCAAUGACAUCGCAGUCACCUUUGAUGAAGAUCCUACUGAAUCCCCAUCUUCAGUGGAAUCGGAGACCGCCGUCUCCCAGAAUCAACAAGAGAUCCUUUCUGCAGAAGUGGCAUCUUCAUUGGCAAAUGACAUCACACCAGACGCAGAUGAGCCAACAGCCACCGCUGAAUUCGAAUCCCCAUCACCAGAUCAGCCACUGGCUCAGUUUGACAAGGAUACACCAGAACUUGGUUCCAAUGACAUCGCAGUCACCUUUGAUGAAGAUCCUACUGAAUCCCCAUCUUCAGUGGAAUCGGAGACCGCCGUCUCCCAGCAUCAACAAGAGAUCCUUUCUGCAGAAGUGACAUCUUCAUUGGCAAAUGACAUCACACCAGACGCAGAUGAGCCAACAGCCAUCGCUGAAUUCGAAUCCCCAUCACCAGAUCAGCGACUGGCUCAGUUUGACAAGGAUACACCAGAACUUGGUUCCAAUGACAUCGCAGUCACCUUUGAUGAAGAUCCUACUGAAUCCCCAUCUUCAGUGGAAUCGGAGACCGCCGUCUCCCAGCAUCAACAAGAGAUCCUUUCUGCAGAAGUGACAUCUUCAUUGGCAAAUGACAUCACACCAGACGCAGAUGAGCCAACAGCCAUCGCUGAAUUCGAAUCCCCAUCACCAGAUCAGCGACUGGCUCAGUUUGACAAGGAUACACCAGAACUUGGUUCCAAUGACAUCGCAGUCACCUUUGAUGAAGUUCCUACUGAAUCCCCAUCUUCAGUGGAAUCGGAGACCGCCGUCUCCCAGCAUCAACAAGAGAUCCUUUCUGCAGAAGUGACAUCUUCAUUGGCAAAUGACAUCACACCAGACGCAGAUGAGCCAACAGCCAUCGCUAAAUUCGAAUCCCCAUCACCAGAUCAGCCACUGGCUCAGUUUGACAAGGAUACACCAGAACUUGGUUCCAAUGACAUCGCAGUCACGUUUCAUGAAGAUUCUGCUGAAUCCCCAUCUUCAGUGGAAUCGGAGACCGCCGUCUCCCAGCAUCAACAAGAGAUCCUUUCUGCAGAAGUGACACCUUCAUUGGCAAAUGACAUCACACCAGACGCAGAUGAGCCAACAGCCAUCGCUAAAUUCGAAUCCCCAUCACCAGAUCAGCCACUGGCUCAGUUUGACAAGGAUACACCAGAACUUGAUCAGCCACUGGCUCAAUUGAACAAGGAUACACCAGAACUUGGUUCCAAUGACAUCGCAGUCACCUUUGAUGAAGAUCUACUAGUGGAAUCGAGAGACCGCCGUCUCCCAGCAUCAACAAGAGAUCCUUUCUGCAGAAGUGACACUCUUCAUUGGCAAAAUGACAUCACACAGCAGCAGCAGAUGAGCCAACAGCCAUCGCUGAAUUCGAAUCCCUAUCACCAGAUCAGCCACUGGCUCACAUUUGACAAGGAUACCCAGAACUUGGUUCCAAUGACAUCGCAAGUCACAUUUGAUGAAGAUUCUGCUGAAUCCCCAUCUUCAGUGGAAUCGGAGACCCGCCGUCUCCCAGCAUCAACAAAGAUCCUUUCUGCAGAAGUGACACCUUCAUUGGGAAAUGACAUCACACCAGACGCAGAUGAGCCAACAGCCAUCGCUGAAUUCGAUCCCUAUCACCAGAUCAGCCACUGGCUCAAUUUGACAAGGAUACACCAGAACUUGGUUCCAAUGACAUCGAAAUCCCCAUCUUCAGUGGAAUCGGAGACCGCCGUCUCCCAGCAUCAACAAGAGAUCCUUUCUGCAGAAGUGACACCUUCAUUGGGAAAUGACAUCACACCAGACGCAGAUGAGCCAACAGCCAUCGCUGAAUUCGAAUCCCUAUCACCAGAUCAGCCACUGGCUCAAUUUGACAAGGAUACACCAGAACUUGGUUCCAAUGACAUCGCAGUCACCUUUGAUGAAGAUCCUACUGAAUCCCCAUCUUCAGUGGAAUCGGAGACCGCCGUCUCCCAGCAUCAACAAGAGAUCCUUUCUGCAGAAGUGACACCUUCAUUGGCAAAUGACAUCACACCAGACGCAGAUGAGCCAACAGCCAUCGCUGAAUUCGAAUCCCUAUCACCAGAUCAGCCACUGGCUCAGUAUGACAAAGAUGCACCAGAACUUGGUUCCAAUGACAUCGCAGUCACCUUUGAUGAAGAUCCUACUGAAUCCCCAUCUUCAGUGGAAUCGGAGACCGCCGUCUCCCAGCAUCAACAAGAGAUCCUUUCUGCAGAAGUGACACCUUCAUUGGCAAAUGACAUCACACCAGACGCAGAUGAGCCCACAGCUAUCGCUGAAUUCGAAUCCCUAUCAGCAGAUCAGCCACUGGCUCAGUUUGACAAGGAUACACCAGAACUUGGUUCCAAUGACAUCGCAGUCACCUUUGAUGAAGAUCCUACUGAAUCCCCAUCUUCAGUGGAAUCGGAGACCGCCGUCUCCCAGCAUCAACAAGAGAACCUUUCUGCAGAAGUGACAUCUUCAUUGGCAAAUAACAUCACACCAGACGCAGAUGAGCCAACAACCAUCGCUGAAUUCGAAUCCCUAUCACCAGAUCAGCCACUGGCUCAAUUUGACAAGGAUACACCAGAACUUGGUUCCAAUGACAUCGCAGUCACCUUUGAUGAAGAUCCUACUGAAUCCCCAUCUUCAGUGGAAUCGGAGACCGCCGUCCCCCAGCAUCAACAAGAGAUCCUUUCUGCAGAAGUGACAUCUUCAUUGGCAAAUGACAUCACACCAGAAGCAGAUGAGCCAACAGCCACCGCUGAAUUCGAAUCCCCAUCACCAGAUCAGCCACUGGCUCAGUAUGACAAGGAUACACCAGAACUUGGUUCCAAUGACAUCGCAGUCACCUUUGAUGAAGAUCCUACUGAAUCCCCAUCUUCAGUGGAAUCGGAGACCGCCGUCUCCCAGCAUCAACAAGAGAUCCUUUCUGCAGAAGUGACAUCUUCAUUGGCAAAUGACAUCACACCAGAAGCAGAUGAGCCAACAGCCACCGCUGAAUUCGAAUCCCCAUCACCAGAUCAGCCACUGGCUAAGUUUGACAAGGAUACACCAGAACUUGGUUCCAAUGACAUCGCAGUCACCUUUGAUGAAGAUCCUACUGAAUCCCCAUCUUCAGUGGAAUCGGAGACCGCCGUCUCCCAGCAUCAACAAGAGAACCUUUCUGCAGAAGUGACAUCUUCAUUGGCAAAUAACAUCACACCAGACGCAGAUGAGCCAACAACCAUCGCUGAAUUCGAAUCCCCAUCACCAGAUCAGCCACUGGCUCAGUUUGACAAGGAUACACCAGAACUUGGUUCCAAUGACAUCGCAGUCACGUUUCAUGAAGAUUCUGCUGAAUCCCCAUCUUCAGUGGAAUCGGAGACCGCCGUCUCCCAGCAUCAACAAGAGAUCCUUUCUGCAGAAGUGACAUCUUCAUUGGCAAAUGACAUCACACCAGACGCAGAUGAGCCAACAGCCACCGCUGAAUUCGAAUCCCCAUCACCAGAUCAGCCACUGGCUCAGUAUGACAAGGAUACACCAGAACUUGGUUCCAAUGACAUCGCAGUCACCUUUGAUGAAGAUCCUACUGAAUCCCCAUCUUCAGUGGAAUCGGAGACCGCCGUCUCCCAGCAUCAACAAGAGAUCCUUUCUGCAGAAGUGACAUCUUCAUUGGCAAAUGACAUCACACCAGAAGCAGAUGAGCCAACAGCCACCGCUGAAUUCGAAUCCCCAUCACCAGAUCAGCCACUGGCUAAGUUUGACAAGGAUACACCAGAACUUGGUUCCAAUGACAUCGCAGUCACCUUUGAUGAAGAUCCUACUGAAUCCCCAUCUUCAGUGGAAUCGGAGACCGCAAUCUCCCAGCAUCAACAAGAGAUCCUUUCUGCAGAAGUGACAUCUUCAUUGGCAAAUGACAUCACACCAGACGCAGAUGAGCCAACAGCCAUCGCUGAAUUCGAAUCCCCAUCACCGGAUCAGCCACUGGCUAAGUUUGACAAGGAUACACCAGAACUUGGUUCCAAUGACAUCGCAGUCACGUUUGAUGAAAAUUCUGCUGAAUCCCCAUCUUCAGUGGAAUCGGAGACCGCCGUCUCCCAGCAUCAACAAGAGAUCCUUUCUGCAGAAGUGACACCUUCAUUGGCAAAUGACAUCACACCAGACGCAGAUGAGCCCACAGCUAUCGCUGAAUUCGAAUCCCUAUCACCAGAUCAGCCACUGGCUCAGUUUGACAAGGAUACACCAGAACUUGGUUCCAAUGACAUCGCAGUCACCUUUGAUGAAGAUCCUACUGAAUCCCCAUCUUCAGUGGAAUCGGAGACCGCCGUCUCCCAGCAUCAACAAGAGAUCCUUUCUGCAGAAGUGACAUCUUCAUUGGCAAAUGACAUCACACCAGACGCAGAUGAGCCAACAGCCACCGCUGAAUUCGAAUCCCCAUCACCAGAUCAGCCACUGGCUCAGUAUGACAAGGAUACACCAGAACUUGGUUCCAAUGACAUCGCAGUCACCUUUGAUGAAGAUCCUACUGGUAUGUUUAACUACAAGCUUUCGGGAAACUCUUUAUUGCUUUGA